CUGAUUAUUCGAACCGCAGCAAAUCUCUAGCGUAUACAAACAAACUCAUUGCAUAAAUUCACCGAAAAUUAAUGAGUUUCGGUGUUAAAAAUGCACUGAAAAUACCCACCUGUGACCUGUACGUUGUAAUAAGUCUCGGCAAACUAGUGAAAUUGGUGAACAUUGUAACACAAAACCUACACAUUUUCGACUAGCAAUAGGUUGUUAAUGGUUACACCCUGCUAAUUUGUACAUUUUACUCAUUUUUGUGUAAUAUAUGGUGUUUGUCUUAUCUAUAUCAAACGAAAACUUGUACAUGUUCGCUCAGCUCAAAUUUCAUGCCUCUCAUGUUGUAUUGAUUCCUGUCUAUGGUUGAUGAGUCCUGAUUCGUCCGUAAUAUAUUACAUUCCUGUUCUUCAGCCUUCAAUUACUGCUGCGUAGAAUUAACAGCUUUACGUGAUUAUUUUGAUACCCAGUACUCCUGUAGACUUAAGUAUAUGUCUACACAGAAAUCAAAACAGCUAGGCUCCAUAUAUUCCUUUAGAAAAUGCGUAGGUAAUAAUAGGGUUAUAAAAACGGAAAAAGCUUUUCGAAAUGUACUCACGCGGAUCUUUUGAACAACUCAGAAGCGGUAAUUGCCUGGGUCAGAGUAAUUAGGUUUCAUUACUGGAUACUCUUGCUGGUGUUAUCAGCUAAUGCUUGCUAUCUCGUCAGGUUUUGCAGGUGAGCUUCGUUUACUCCAAGAUGAUUAGAAUAUCGUGCUAUCUGAAGUAAAUACGCCUAGCACUGUCACCAAUACCUGCAUAAACAUUGAUUUUGCUUCAUUUAUACAGUGGCUGAAUGGAAGGUCGUAUUGUUAUGCGGACGUGGUGCUCUUUAUAGGCAUCAGUUUCUAAGUUUUUCAUUUGGUACUUAAAAUAUUACUAGAGAAAACCGGUGGCACGCCUCUUCCUUCAACCUUACAAACAAACAGGAAAACAACUCCAGUCCGUUUGUGGUUGUCCCGAAAACCUACUUUGAGGAUUUUGGAGAGGUCAAAAAUUCAUUUGGGGUCCAUAAGGAAGAGAGGGGAUGGGAGUUUACCGUGCUUGCAUGCUUGAAGACACCAAUAUGGCAUCAGAAGUUUGAUGCUGCCUUUUGGUCUCUAAAUUGUAUCCGACUUGCUUUUGUAGUAAGUUCCUCAUCCUUUCAUUAUUCAAAAUGCUAAAUCUGCCACAAAUAGGGUGAUGGCCCCAAUCUGCAUACUUCGGUUAGAAGUCAUUUUGUUGAUAUGUAUAUAUGCUCGGGAUAUUUUAUUCGUGGAUUUUCAGUUUAAUUUUCUGCGGUAUAGGUUACUGUUAAAAUCCGUACCACUCACUAAGGUUCUUCAGUCCUCUGUGUUUCAAUUUUUUGUCACUUCAUCUGCGUUUAAUCUUCACGCAGGUAUGUGGAAUUCAGUAUUUGCAUCUGGGCGACACGUUAUUGUGGGAUCUAAUGAACGUAUAACUGUUCUUCACAUAACACGUAACUGGAGGCUACUGGCGAUAAUGAGGAUUGAGAAAAGGCGUUUGAUAUGUUUAGUAAGAUGCAGACUAAAGUGUACGAUCGUAGUUCCUGCGUUCAAGUUGUUAUGUAAUGAAAAAUCCUGUGUUUACCUUAUAUUCUCUGUUGCAGUUAACCUUAGUCAUAUAACCUAACUCUGGUAAUGUCAGAGGGUUAGGUCCUCGUUCAUUUGGUAAGAGGAGCUGGCCCACAACUCAUCGAAUGAAUGUACAGAAAUUCGAAACUUCCUAGGUGCACUGCUACUGUUGGUAUGUCUAUAAAAGUUUGUCGUAGCAGCAAAGCCCCGAAACAUUCACUUGAAGUUUGCUGUGCAUCACUCUUGAAAAUUUUAGUCUUUUGUCUAUGAGAAAAAUCGCCACCAUCUUAAUGAAGGUUGGAAAGUAAAUUCCCCAUCCCAAAACAUCAGAGGUAUUUUUGUAAUUCUCUCUGAUUUCCAUGGGCAACUUGUAGUGUCCUUCUACAUUCACUCUUCUCAUGAUGUGGUGUUUUGCAGCUAAGCUUAAACUACAAUUCUGUUAAAAGUUCUAUAUUAGACUAUCGGUUAUUUUAUAGUGAGAUUAUUUCAAAAAUGUGUUGAUGUUUUGUAGAAAGACAAUGAAUUCUUCACAAUUACACUGUGCAGCUUGGAUAACGCAACUACACCACGGAUUAAUAUAACAUCUGUUGUCCAGACAAUUUGAGACUACCGUCUGUCACAGUUACAUGUGGGGAGAUAUCUCAGUCACUUAUAUUUUGCAUCAUAAUUCUAAGGGACCCAAGUCGUGGUUAGAAAUCCUAGGUGACACAAUGCCCUUCUCUAUCUGUAGGAUGAUUUUGUACACUAAAUAUUCUUCUGAAUUUAGAAUGUUUAUUUCUCAUUAAGAUACAUGUGUAGUUUAUCGUAAUACUUUUCUCUUCGUUGUAUUUUUUGCAUUGACGCGACCCUGUGUGACUGUUAGACAUGAUUGCGGUUCCCAAAGAGUAAUAAUGCUUCAAUAGGUAAUGUUAUUUGCAGAAAGAAGUUAGAUAACUUUGAUACGGACGGAUGUUACUGAAGGGUAUUGCAUGUUACCACCUGUGUAGACACAAAUCUCUACAGGUUAGCUAAGCACAUUGAUUUGUCAUCACAAUGAUCACUCAUCUCGAAAAGGAGAUCAUAUUCUAGUAAGCUAAACAGUUGCAAAUGAAUUCAUAAUGUUCCACUAUAAUAUAAAGAAUAUGUGAUACGUACUUUUUUGGUGAAUUUCACGUUAUUUUCAUUUGUAUUAAGUUCUUGUGUAGGUUCCUACCAUUUGGUAAAAAUGCUCCAAAUUGAUACUGUUUCCUCAGAAUAUUAAGCAUUCUUAGAUAAACAUCUACCUAACCAGAUAUUUUAAUAUUUUCCGGUAAUACUCAAUUGUCAUAGGAAAUGCUUCAUUGUUUUGCUUUAAUCCUGAAUUAUCGUCUUUGUUUUAUGUUAUUUUAGAUCCCACUUGCUUACAUCUAAGUGGUUUAUUUGUCAUGUCAGAUCCGUUCUGUAAUGUCAGCGUUACGGAUUCUGUUGGCUUGCAGAAUAAUCGCACCACAUAUCCAGGAUCAAACACAAAGGAUUUAAAUUCUGUAAGACAUGAUAACUGCAAUGAUAAUUGCAUUCAAAGUCCAUUACUCAAGAAAGCUCGACUGUCAGAAAUGGCAGUGACACUUCCCAUACCGAAUGGUUUUAAAGGUGCUUAUAGCACUUGUAAUCUUGGAAGUUUGCUAGAAAUUCAAGAGGAAAUCAAGAAAGUUCGAUUGGGUUUCGACUCGCAAUUUAGACAAGCCCUGAAGGGAAGAUUGACAAAAUACCUAAACUUGAUUGAGGCAGCAGAAAAAGGAGUUAAUAGUUUAAAAGACGAGGCAAACCAGUUAACGAGUCGCAUGGAUUUCAUUUUAUCUAGCUCAAAAGAUAUGGUGAAAAUGAUUAACGACCGGAUACCUUUGCCUACUCCUACAAGUGCCGCUAGUCAGCAGAGAACUCCUUCUUCACAAGCUCCUCGUCCACCCCUAAUUGUUCCUGCGGUUUCGAAGUCAAGUCGACUUGUUUCAACAACCAACGCACUGAACCGUCAGCCAAAUAUAAGUUCUAAUACUUCGCAAGCAAACAAUCAGUUGGCAGGUUAUACUGCACCUAAAAUGACUGCUAUUGCCCCUAAAGUUUCUGAUGUUGGACUUCGACCUGUACCGGGCACAGUUCUAGCUAUUCAAGUCAAUGAUACCAUUGAUUUAACAUCGGAUACUACAAUAGAAAACGCCUUGGGAGGACGUUUAAUUUCAGGCUCUGCAAAUAUGUCAAACAUAAUAGUUACCCCAAGAACAACUCCAAAUGUAAAUAAACUCAAUCAUAUUCCUCUGUCGAAUGUACAAAAGAUCCCACUUAACACUGUUAAUACUCCGCUCGUAUUUGGCGUUGAUCAAUCUAAUUCAAAUCAGUCAUAUAUUAGUAUAACACCUCUAUCUCAAAAUACUCAGAUCGCGGCGUCAAACAACAUAGUUAAUUCACUUCCGAUAUGUGUCAUUUCUGAUGUCCAGCUACUUCCAAUUUCAGUUCUGCCUGCAGUCGUACCUCAGGCAGUAACCAAAGCACUCCAACUUCCAAUUCAACCUGUACCACAGUUAACUAUAGGCAAUUCUACUGAAGGGGUUACCUUACAGUGGACAAUUACAUACCCUGCUAUACCGUUCGAACCCGCUGUUGCAUAUGAAAUAUACAGUCAUACUACAUCUGAUACGGCGUUAGUGUCUUUUCAAAUGCCUUUACCCUGGAAUAAGAUUGGUGAAGUGGCUGCCCUUCCCCUGCCUAUGGCCUGUACAUUGAAUCAUGUUCAACCAAAGUACAUGUAUUAUUUUAUUGUAAGGUCAGUUGAUCGACUGCAUCGAUAUAGUCCUUGGUCAAAUGUUGUAAAUGCGUAUGUGGCUUGA